UCUGAUCUCCCACUGCCUGGACUACUUGUCUUCCCUUCAGGAAAUAAGGACUAAGUAAACAUGAAAUUUUUCAUUUUUACCUGCCUUUUGGCUGUUGUUCUUGCAAAGCAUGAGAUGGAUCAGGGCUCCUCCAGUGAGGAAUCUAUCAACGUCUCUCAGCAAAAAUUUAAGCAGGUAAAGAAGGUGGCCAUUCAUCCCAGCAAGGAGGACAUCUGCUCCACAUUUUGCGAGGAAGCUGUAAGGAACAUAAAGGAAGUGGAAUCAGCUGAAGUCCCCACAGAGAACAAAAUCAGUCAAUUUUAUCAGAAGUGGAAAUUCCUCCAGUAUCUCCAGGCUCUUCAUCAAGGUCAGAUUGUGAUGAACCCAUGGGAUCAGGGCAAGACAAGGGCCUACCCCUUUAUUCCCACUGUGAACACAGAGCAGCUCUCCAUCAGUGAGGAAUCAACUGAAGUUCCCACAGAGGAAUCAACAGAAGUAUUCACUAAGAAAACUGAAUUGACUGAAGAAGAAAAGGAUCACCAAAAAUUUCUGAACAAAAUCUACCAAUAUUAUCAGACAUUCCUCUGGCCAGAGUAUCUCAAGACUGUUUAUCAAUAUCAGAAAACUAUGACUCCAUGGAAUCACAUCAAGAGAUACUUUUAAGAUUCUUGAAUUAACUGCUUCUACUUGAUUAUGGCUCAACUGGAAAAUCUAUCUUCUGCAGUUUCUUAUCUACCACUUUACUUCAUCCUACCGGCAUGUUUAGAGAGACCCAUUAAUAAGAUAGAAAUAUUGAGGAAAAGGAAGACUGUGCAGAAUAUUUCCUGAAGUAUUUAUACCAUCCCGUUAGUUCAUGUUGAGUAUACUGGGUCUGUAUUGUGGUUAUAUACGAACUUAGCUGAUGAUUAUUGAAAAUGUUUUCACUACUCUUUGAGUUAUAGAACUACAUUUCUUUUUCCAUGAAAAUAAAAUUUCA